AGAACUCAGGGCCCUGUGCCUGACAGGCAGGCGCUGCGUCCCGACCUAAUGACUACUCCUUUGCCAUCCUGAUUUAACUUCGAGAUCCACACUCCUCAGGACUAUGCUCCAGGUCAGGCGGGACGUCCAUCAGCAGGUCUCAAGGACUUGUCUCUGUCCUCAGCAGGGGGCUUAACAAGGACAGUUCCUCCCCUCCAGGCGGCUGACCGAAGCCUGGGGCUACCCAGCGGCUGUGCGCUGGGCCACCCACAUUGCACCACCCAGAGGGGCAGCCCUGACCCGCCGCCCGCUCCCGACUAAUGCUGUCCUCGGCUUUCAAGGCAUUUCCGCUUCGAGCAGCCCUCAGCACCUCAGGGUGUCAGAACGCAAGGCCUCCUGUCCUCCCGGCCCAGGAAGAGCGGCGGCACCACCUGCCAGUCACCCUGAGGCCCCGCCCCCCCGGCGCGCGCAUCGCCGUCCCCACCGCGCUGUUGUUGCCUGGAUACCGCGGGCUCCGCACCGCUCCGCCCUCCUCACUCUCAGGAUGCAUUUUCCGGGGUUGCCGGGCUCGUGAAUGUGUGAAUCCGGUCCGGCUCUUCGGGCUCUUCACACCUGCUGCAGCAGGAGCUCUGUGAGGAUUAAAUACAGUCAAAACCAGCGCCAGUCAGCGUCAGUGCGUGCGGACGUGCGCACCAGGGGCCUCGCCACGCAGGCAGGCGGCUCGGGCAGCCUCAGCGUGGUGGCCUUAGUGCCCUCCAGCUCCCCAGGCAGACGUCUGCGUCUUCUUCACAUUCGACUUCCGGCCUAGAUUCGUUCUUGCAAGUGCUGCCUUUUCUGGGGGCGGCUGGGGGCUUCCCCUGGGUUUGUUCCUUACCUUGUUUCACAUUACAGAUCAAUAAUCUUGCUUGUAAAACACUCUUGCAAGCUCGGGCUGGCUUCCUGUUUUCAUCAUCGCUACGUGAAUUCACAAGCACCCAGACCUUGGAGGUGAAGGCCAGUCGGACAGAGGCACUCAUCUUACUCAUUUCGUGGUGAACAACAGCACGUGGGUAACACUCCUACAGCACGCCGCAGGCGGAUGACGGACGGACGACAAGAGCGAGCGGCGGCAGCACGAGCGCACACGAGUGAUGCGGGGAGCGCGCGGGAGUCUGCUGCGGCCGGGUCCCUGCACUCCUGUCCCUCUGCCUGGGCGGUGUCCCAUCCGCGCGGGACCUUCAGCUGCUGACUGAGCACCGUCCCUCGGCGAGGGGCUUUACACAUGAGUGUUUCAAACGCACAAGUUUCCCCAAGGAAUUUAGGGCUUAGUGAGCUCAGCGGAAGGUCAGCCUUAGUCACCCAGUAAAUGCUGUCAUGGGAAACAGGGCUACGGAGGGUGUGGGGGGCUUGCCUACACCCGGACGCUUCCAGGCUUUCUCGACACUGUUCACCCCCUCACAGGUGUUUCUCUGACACGUGUUUGCUGAUAAAUGUUUAAAGUAGGGCUCCUUGUAAUGAUUUAUUUACUUACUUAUUUUUGCUGCGUUAGAGACUGAACUCA